AUGGACAUCAUCGACACGCAUCAGCACCUGUGGGACCUCGAUCGACUGGAGUUGCCGUGGAUCGAGGCCGGUUCGAUCUUGAACCGCAGUUAUCUCACGGCCAAUUACCUGCAGGCCACGGGGGCGCAUCGGGUCACGAAGGCGAUUUACAUGGAAGUGGACGUCGCGCCGCGGCUUCGUGCGGAGGAGGCGCGACAUGUGAUUGAGCUGUGUCGCUCGCCCGAUCACCCCACGGUGGCCGCCGUGAUUGGGGGGCACCCCGGCACGUCUGGCUUUCGCGAUUACGUAGCCGAGUUCAGUGGCAACGAGUAUGUGAAAGGCAUCCGGCAGAUUCUUCACCCGCCCACCUUCCCGGCGGGUCAUUGUUUGGAGCCGCAGUUCGUGGCCGAUGUGCAGUGGCUGGGUACCCAAGGGCUUUGCUUCGAUAUCUGCAUUCGUCCUGGCGAGCUGAGCGAUGCAGCCGAGCUGGCCAGGCGUUGUUCAGAGACGCGGUUUGUGCUUGACCAUUGUGGAAAUCCCGACGUUCAGGCGGGGGACGCAACUGCUUGGAAGCACGGCAUCGACGCGGUGGCCGGCUGUGCGAACGUGGUCGGGAAGAUCUCUGGGCUGAUUGUUACGGCCGACCCUGCGACUUGGACGGCAGGGGACUUGGCCCCCUGUGUGAAUCACACGCUUGAUGCGUUUGGGCCAAACCGGGUGAUGUUCGGCGGCGAUUGGCCGGUUUGCACGCAGACGGCUCCGCUCGAUCGGUGGAUUGGGGCGUUGAAGGAGAUCGUUUCGUCGCGCUCAGUCGAGGAGCAGCGACGUUUGUUCCAUAACAAUGCUGCGGCCUUCUACGGUGUGUGUAAGGCGAACUCCGAGAAUGCGUUCACGAUGAAGAACGCUCGGAGCACAGCACCCUCGCACGAGGCGAGUCAUAUGCGUGACCGUUUCCCCACCCGAAUGGCCUCUGCCGCACACAAGAAUUCUCGGGCGGCUUUCUCGAACGAUGUGGUCAACGAAUCGACCAAUACAACGUUGCGAAACAAUGCGCCGUCGCAGUCUUCCACACCAAUACGCGGCUCACUCCAACAUGGCCAGCCUCACCUGUGCAUCUGCGACGCCACACGCCCCGCCUUCAUUCCGUCUCCAGUUUUCAUGAUGCCUGCUACCAAUAGGAGUGCAGAGUUGUACAACGCAUCUUUGUUGGAAGAUAUCGACGAUGAACCCGCCGUGCUCUCGGCCGAAGCUUCGGAGGCGGAAGAGAAAGACGACGACGCCGACGGUUUCGACGACGUGGUGGAUGAAGUCGACGACGAUAAGGAGCCGUCGCUGGAUCAUGUUCGCGCAGACGAACUACUCGCGGGAGACGAUUCCGAAUCCUGGUCAGACGAUCCCGUCCGUAUGUAUCUCACCCAAAUGGGCGAGAUUCCGUUGCUCACCCGUAAGGAAGAAAUCUCGCUCGCUCGCGAGAUCGAAAUCACUCGGGCCCGCUUCCGUCGUAAGUUGCUCGAGUGCGACCUGUUCCUGCGGAGCGCCGUGAAAGACUUGGUUCGCGUGCAGAGCGGCGACCUGCCGUUCGACCGCACGGUGCAGGUUUCGGUGACCGAUCGUCUGGAAAAAGAGCAAAUUCAGGGCCGGUUGCCGCACAACCUCCGCACCCUGGAAACCCUGCUGAAACGCAAUCGCCGCGAUUACCGCAUCGCCACGGGCAAGAGCUACCGCAAGGCUCAACGCAUGGAAGCCUGGCGUCGCCUGGGCCUCCGCCGCCGUCGGGCUGUGUGCCUGGUAGAAGAGUUGGGCCUCCGCACGCAACGUAUCGAGCAAAAGAUCGCCUCGCUGUACCAAUACAGCCGUCGGGUCGAUCAAUUGCAGGCCAUGAUCGUCGACCACAAAAAGCGUCGUGGCCCUGCGGCCGAACGCCAGGAGUGGAUCGCCGAGUUCCGCAACAUUCUGCGGGGCAUGCAAGAAACUCCCACCAGCUUGCGGAACCGCUGCAAGUAUGUGCGCGAGAUUUACGCUCGUUAUCAAAAGGCCAAGCGAGGUCUUUCGGAAGGUAACCUGCGUCUGGUCGUGUCGAUUGCCAAGAAGUACCGCAACCGUGGGUUGAGCUUCCUGGACCUCAUCCAGGAAGGCAACGCCGGCUUGAUGCGGGCCGUGGAUAAGUUCGAAUAUCGUCGUGGGUUUAAGUUCUGCACGUACGCCACGUGGUGGAUUCGUCAGGCGAUUACCCGCGCGGUGGCCGACCAGAGCCGGACGAUUCGUAUUCCCGUGCACAUGGUCGAAACGAUGUCACGGGUUCGCAACAUUUCUCGUCAGCUUCUGCAAGAGUUGGGUCGCGAGCCCACCAUUGAAGAAGUCGCGCGAGCUGCGGGCACGGCCAUCGAUGAGACGCGUCGCGUGAUGGCGAUGAGCCGUUACCCGAUCAGCCUCGACCGCCCGGUGGGCAACAGCGAAGACAGCCACUUCGGCGAUCUUCUGCCCGAUGGGACGGCCGAAAGCCCGGCGACCGGUGCAGCCCAAGAGAUGCUCCGCGACCGGAUCAACAAGGUCCUCAAGACGCUGAGCUACCGCGAGCGAGAGAUCAUCAAGCUCCGCUACGGCCUGGGCGACGGCUACAGCUACACGCUCGAAGAAGUCGGCCACAUCUUCAAGGUCACCCGCGAACGUAUCCGACAGAUCGAAGCCAAAGCCGUAAGAAAGCUCCAGCAACCCAGCCGCAGCCAAGAACUCUCCGGCUUCCUGGACUAA